AUGCGUUACUUCUCGGGAUCAGCUAGAGACUUAAAAGCUGCAGUAAAGUAUUGUCUUCCUGUGUUAGAGAGAGGGAGACAGGACGGAAACCUGCUGAGGGCGAAAAAAGAAAGGAACAUUUUGGUUAAAUAUAAUUUGUGCCUUGGAUCAAAGAUUCUAUCUACAGCCCAGAACAGCAACUCUAAUCUGUUAAAACACCUACAAAAGCAACAUGCUGCGAUGAAGCUAGAAGCUACCGGCACACAAACAGGCUCACUAUCCGAUGCCACUUCACCUCCUUUCAACCGUGGCACUGUUAGCCAGGAUAAAGUUGAUAAAGCCAUUGCAAGAUAUGAUGUCGAAGACAUGCAGGCUAUUUCUACAGUGGAGUCACCCGCCUUCAGGCGACUAGUUAGUAUGAUAACGGGCGCGACACAGCAGAUGGGAUGGAAAACAUUCUCUAAGUUCCUGGAGAGGGAAUAUACAAAAAUGGAAAGUGAGCUAAAGAAAACUUUUGAGGGACUGAAAUACAUCUCCACUACUGCAGACAUCUGGUCUGCCCACAACAGGAGCUUCAUGGGAAUAACCUCUCACUGGAUAAACCCCACCACUUUACAACGUCAGAAAGCUGCGUUAGCCUGCAAACGGAUAAAGGGUAGGCACACCUAUGAUCUGAUUGCUGGUGAGAUUGAUCACAUUCACUCUUUGUUUGGAGUGUCAACAAAAGUUACUUCCACCGUUACAGAUAACGGCUCUAAUUUUGUGAAGGCUUUUGCUAUGUAUCAACUGGAAUCGUUCUCUGACGACGAUGAUGAAGAUCAUGAUGAUGAUGUUACCUUUACCGAUGUUGCAGAAGUUCUCAACACCGCAGCAGAGGAAGGGAUUGUUUUACCUCCACACCAGCGGUGUGCAUCUCACACGCUUAACCUAAUUUCAUAUAGUGACGUAGAGAAGUGGUUUGUUUCAAACCCUGGUACUAAGGCACUGUACAAAAGCUCGGUCACUGUGGAACAAGGCAAACAGGAUUAUUGUGUCACAAUGAAGCCACUCACAGUUGCUCUGGACAUCCUGCAAGGAGAGGAGAACUGUUACUUUGGCAUUCUCCUGCCUACUCUCGAGACACUGAUGUCAAAUAUCCUGGAGGUGAAAGACAGUCUGACUGUGGCAACGGGCCUUCCUGAAGCCAUAGUUCAGGUAAGAAAUAAUCAACACUUUUGUAUUAAUUAGCUGGUUCACCCUUAUGAUUGUACAGAAAGACUGUAUGUAAUUAAUGGACCACCACU